GCGUCGCGACGCUCAGUCGGGCGCCGUGCGUGUGCAGCGGCGGUCGCGCGCGAGAUGGCUCGCGGCAGGUAACGCGGCAUGCGGCCCGCGCUCGCAGCGCUCGCGGCGUGCUGCGUGGUGGCGCGCGCCGAGCCGCCCCCGCGCCCCGCCAACAGCUCGGCGCCGCGCGUGCUGGCCUGCGCGGACGGCGUGGUGCUGCCGGCGUGGCAGCCGCUCGAGGAUGUGCCCACGUACGAGAUCGCGUACCGCGGCGUCAUCUACUUCGUGGCGCUCAUGUACCUGUUCAUCGGCGUGUCCAUCGUGUCGGACCGCUUCAUGGCGGCCAUCGAGGUGAUCACGUCGCGCGAGAAGGAGGUGCGCGUGCGGCGCAACGGCAGCGAGCAGAUCGUGGUGGUGCGCGUGUGGAACGAGACCGUGGCCAACCUCACGCUCAUGGCCCUCGGCUCCAGCGCGCCGGAGAUCCUGCUCUCUGUCAUAGAGAUAGCCGGGAAGAACUUCGAGGCGGGCGACCUCGGGCCCGGCACCAUCGUGGGCUCGGCCGCCUACAACCUGUUCGUCAUCAUGGCCAUCUGCGUCGCCGUCAUACCCGACGGAGAGGUCCGCAAGAUCAAGCACUUGCGAGUGUUCCUAGUGACGGCGACUUGGUCCAUCUUCGCGUACGUAUGGCUGUACCUCAUCCUGGCUGUGAUAUCGCCGAGUGAGGUCGAGGUUUGGGAAGGAGCCGUCACUUUCCUCUUUUUCCCCGCAACAGUCUUGACGGCAUAUAUUGCUGAUAGACGGCUACUGGUUUAUAAAUAUCUGAAAAAAGGAUACCGAGUGAAUGAACGAGGAGUCAUAGUAGAGGCAGAAGGAGAUGGCUCCGUAGAACUCGCCCUGAAGCCCGGCGAUGAUUGCUACGCAUCGGACGAUGAGGAGGGCAAAGAAAUAGAAAAGAGCCGAAAAGAAUACGUUUCAGUUCUGAGAGACUUAAGACGGCAACACCCUGAAGAAGAUCUGGACACAGUGGAGCGCCUGGCGCUGGAGACACUGAUGUCUCGAGGACCCAAGUCGAGGGCCUUCUACCGAGUAGCGGCCACCCGGAAGAUGACCGGUGGAGGUGACUUCUCCCGGAAAAUAUCUGAAAGAGCUCAAAGCGACUUGAGUGAAGUCAAGGCCGAGCUGCAAAGACGUGGAUCAAACACUCUUUCGAUAGAACCGAGAGGGCCAAACUUUCGCUUCGACCCCGACCACUACACUGUAUUCGAGAACUGCGGGUCUUUUGAGGUGCACGUGGUGCGCGCCGGGGACCCGGGCGGGGAGGCGUCCGUACAGUACUCCACGGACGACGGCACCGCCGAGGCGGGGUCGGACUACAUCGCGGCGCAGGGCACGCUCGUCUUCAAGCCAGGCGAGGUGGAGAAGACCUUCCAAGUGCAAGUCAUUGACGACGAUGUGUUCGAGGAAGACGAGCACUUUUACGUGCGGCUUUCGUCACCGAAAGGUGCAGUUUUGGGCAACCCGUCGACUGCCACGGUUGUUAUUCUGGACGAUGAUCAUUCCGGGAUGUUCUCGUUUCCGCAACGUGACUUCGAGCUGACGGAAUCGGUGGGGACGUACGACCUCCGUGUGACCAGGACUGCAGGGGCCAGAGGGAAGGUGCGUGUCCCCUACUGGACCGAAGACGGAACUGCCAAGGGAGGUGUGCAGUACGAGACCGCACAGGGUCACGUCGUCUUCGAAAACAACGAAACUGAAAAGUUCAUCCCCAUACAUAUAAUAGAAGAGGACAGUUACGAGAAGGAUGUUCUUCUCUACGUGAACCUCGGCGAGCCGGAGCUUCUCGGCGAGGUCUUUGAGACGAUUCUGCCCGAAACCUCCGCUAGGCUCUCGGUGAAGUUCUCGCCAGAUGACAACAACCCCGUGGCGCCGCCUGGUGGCGAUGAAGUGAACCACCUGGCCACGCUGCCCGAGCAGGAGGCAGCCGUGGCCCUGAUGGGGCUGCCCAAGGCCGGAGACAUCACCAGGGCCCAGCUGAGGAUUAAGGAGAGCAAGGAGUUCAAGAACACGGUGGACAAGUUGGUGCAAAGAGCGAAUGCGUCGAUAAUCAUUGGGACUUCAUCGUGGAAAGAACAAUUCACCGAGGCGCUCACAGUCAGCUCAGGCUCGGACGACCCGGACGCGCCGGCGUCGGUGAUGGACUACGUGCUGCACUUCGUCACUGUGUUCUGGAAGAUUAUAUUUGCCUUCGUCCCACCUACCGACAUCGGCGGCGGCUACGUGUGCUUCGUGGUGUCCAUCAUCUGCAUCGGGCUGGUGACGGCGGUCAUCGGCGACGUGGCCUCGCACUUCGGCUGCACGCUCGGCAUCAAGGACUCUGUCACCGCCAUCGUGUUUGUGGCUCUCGGGACUAGCAUACCUGACACAUUCGCCAGCAAGGUAGCAGCGAUACAAGACAAGCACGCGGACGCGUCCGUCGGCAACGUGACCGGCUCCAACGCGGUCAACGUGUUCCUCGGCAUCGGCGUCGCGUGGACCGUCGCCGCCAUUGUGCACUGGAGCAACGGGGAGACCUUCCAUGUGGACCCUGGGAACCUAGCCUUCAGCGUGACGAUGUUCUGCACGGAAGCCGCCCUGGCGGUGCUGGUGCUGGUACUCCGCCGACGCAAAUCCAUCGGCGGCGAGCUAGGCGGCCCGCGCCGCAUGAAGAUCAUCACCUCCAUGUUCCUGUUCUCCCUGUGGCUGAUCUACCUCACCAUGUCCACGCUGGAGGCUUAUGAACUCAUUCCGGGAUUCUAGACGGUUCUAGAAAAUCGGUUAACCACUACCGAGCAUUAAGCAGCGUCGCUUGCCUCUCAAAUAUCUGUCAGAUCCGUCAAGUAGUUACGUAAGAUUUGACAAGCGGGCGAGUUCGGUGGUGGUAACCCUACAGGUUGACAAUUCUCAAUCACUGGCCUUUUCGAGUCGAGUGUUAAAUGCUCAAUAUUGUUGCUGCGUUAUGACGCGCCACUUGCAGGCAAAAAUUUUAAAGGUGAGGUGAGUGAUUGAAAAUAUCCCGGCUGGACAAUUACUACGCUGUCAUGCUGGAAUCUUAGAAAUAAAUGACAAGUAAUAUGCAAAAGUUUAGUAUUAACGACAUCGAAAUAGCUAUAUAGUAGUACAAGAAAAUAUCGCUUUAAUAUUAUCAAGAGAAGUAUCAAUACAAAAGUAAAACAUUGUGGUAGAAAGCUGAAGAUUUCUGGCACUUCGGUUAGUAACGUUGAAAUUUAAGAAAUCAUGGGAAUAGUUGAAUUAUGCAUUUUACGAGAAACAUACGUAUUAUAGACGUCGCAUCGAUUUCAACGCAGUCCAGUGCAUUCAGAAUGAAGAACGAUGAAGUAGCAUUAAGUAUUCAGUCCAAAAAGGUUACUGCUCAAAUGUACAGGAUAAAUGCAUUAGAGUAUUUGAAUGUCUCUUCUCGCCUCUAGAAUACUUUGUCCUAAAUGUCUUGUUGUUACUUCCCAGUAAUUAAGCUUUGCUUCUUCAAGGCAAAAUAUUGAAAAAAUUAAAUGUUUUUCGUGUCUUUGCCUCUUUGUCUUUGCUAAAAAUAUGAAUUGGUAUAAAAAUAUUUUUAAAUAAUUUUCUCGUGCUUAGGAGUAAAAUUUUAGGAACAUGACCUAAUUUUGUGUCAUUAUUAUAUUACAACAGAAUGAAAGAUAAAUAUGGGACAUCAUCACCGUUGGUGUUACAGGAAAAAUUCAUAUUUAUCAAUUACAUAUUGUAGGAAAAAGACCUUCAUAGAAAAGACAUAAUUCUCACUUUUUAUGUUUAGCGAUCUUGUUCAUAGCGUCAAAUCAAAAAUCUAUAUGAAUGUAUUUGAGGAUUAACAGUGAAUUAUCCCAAGGCAAUAUUCAUUUAGCUAUAACGGCUACGGUAUCUAAGUACUCCCUUAUCCACCUGUUAAAUCACGCUUAAUACUUAAAUAAAUAAUACAUGAGCCCGUUUGGAAACAAAUCUCACUUUUAAUACGCGGUGACAAAAAAAUGUUUUUUAUAAGUAGGUAUCAAAAACUAUUGUUUGAUUUAUGAUGAGAUUUGUAACGAUAUUGAAGUCUUGUAAUGUGCGUGUAUCUAUGUAGGCCCCAAUCCCAAUAAAUGUGUUAGUUGUAAGUAGGUGAUAAAAAGAGAAUUUUAAAGGGCCGCGGCUUAUUAUUAAGAGAAUUACGAAAUGUAGAGCUUUAUGGAUUUGUUGAAUAUUAUAUAAUUAAUAUGUAUAUUAUUAACUUUUAACAGAAUAUUAUAACAUUAUAUUAUUUAAUUUUGUCCUUUUACAAGUUCAGUUUGUCGAUGACAUGAUGAUAACUACAGCGAUUUUUUUUUACUUGCCAUAAAGGGUAAACAAUCUUUACCUGUUUGAUUUUUAUUGAAUAUUAUUAAAUAUUUUAAAAACCACGUUUUAAAAUAAAACAUUAGAAUACAUACUAGCAAAAAUGGCUACUUUUGAAUGAAACCGUUUAUUUUACCUGUUGUUUAUUUAUUUAAUAAAGUUUUGAUUAAAAUUAAAAAGAUUAAGAUUUAUUACUUUUAUGCCAAGUAUAAAAAAAUGCAGAUUAGAAGUAUAACAAAAUGCAGAUUAGAUACAGGUAUACCUACUUGUUCUUACCGUGCUUUUACAUAAAUUUAAUAUUUAUUUACAAAAAUCAUUGUGUAAUUUUAAAAAUUAUAAUUAUUUGUGAUAAUCGGUAGAUAACUAGAUUCACUACAUUUCUUAUGUUUGUGGAGAUAAAAAUGAUAUAGGAUGUAGAAAGUAAAUAAAUAUUGUAAUGUAUAUAAAUUCAAAUGUAGGUAAAAUGUAAAAAUGGAAUGAAAUUUGUUUUUUAGCUUAGUAUUUAAAGCGAAGAUAGUGCUUAAAAAACAAAAUGCAGUUAAUUCAGGAAAAAUACUGCCAUUAGAUAAGCCUUAUUAGAUUUUUUAUGAAGUUAAUUUUAAUUUUUUGUCCUAAUUGUUAUGUUUUACUUAAAAAUUUGAGGAUAGGUACAUUUUUUUUAUCACGCCCCAAAAUUUUAAACCUUUCUAGAACUUGUACGCUCUGACUUAACUUUGGACCAAAAUUUAUUCGUUUCGAAUUUAUUUUAAGUAGCAUUUUUCUAUCUUAGUCUUUCUACUUCUAGUCUAGAUUUUUUAAUCUUGUCUUCACUAUCUAUGUGUAGUAGCCUUUAUCGAUUUUAAACCUAUUUAAAGACAAAAUAUUCUGUCGGUCUAAUACUAAAUGAAUAUAUUUAUUAUGCUAUCAUCUUAAAAUAACUUAGUAUACUCUUCAUCGUCUUAGUAUUUCUAAUCUGAUUUAAGGCCUACCUAGUCUACCUAAUCGAAACUUUUUUUAAAUCUAGAAAACGUUUGCUUAAAUUUAUGACAACUGAAUAAAAGAUCAAAAUUUACUCCUUUUAAAAAAAUGUGUCUCUACGAGUAAUUCAUAGUUACUGAAUACUUUCUAGUCAAAACUAAUAAAAAAUAAUAAUAAUAUAUAAAUUCAUGUUAAAUAUGCAUUUUUCCAAAAACUGCUCUAAUGAUUGAAUCUUUAUGGAGAGUUUACUUACGUUUAAACUUCUUGAGUAGUAUUAGUAGAUAAAUAUUUUCUUUUAAUUAUAUCAAAAAGAGCUGCUUCUUAACCUAUUAUUUAGGUAGAAUAUUUAAAAAAAAAAAAACUUUUUUUUAGAAUCAGCAAAAAGGAUAAGGCUUUUUUUAAAGGUGUGUGGUAUGAGAGUAAACAUGAUGACUUCUUGAUUCUAUGAGUUAUGUCUGAGAAACAACGUUGAAGUACCUAUGUAUGUUUUUUUAGAUCUCGCCCAUAGAGAUGGGUAAACUGCGGUCUUAUACACGUUAUAGGUCCUAAUGUAAGCCAAAAAUGCUGUUGAAUUUUACAUUCUGUACAUUAGAGGCAUCAACAAAAAUCGGUUAGAUAUUAUGCAUGUAUUUUGUCUAUUUCAUAAUGUCUUAUUUACAAUGACUCAAAGGUUAUUUUUUCAACUUUGAAAUAAUGAUCUGGUUUAAGCUCUAGCUGUGUUCGUAUUCAAGCUGGUACCUACGAGUAGCAUUCAUUUUACAAUUACGCCAACUCAGUUAGAAAAAGGGCUCUUUACACUUUUGGAUGGAGGCAAGAAACUACCAAGCCGUUUUUUGAAAAUUUCGCCAUAAUAAAUAAGUAAAUAUACUCACUUAAAAUCUGCAACAUAAUCAAUGUCCUCAGGUGUUGGCAACGACAAAACAAUGGCAAAAUUUUAUUACAGUCACAAAAUGAGUUGCAAAACAUAAAAUUUUAUAUCUGACUGGAUGAGACCGAGCAAUAUGGAAUGUUGUAAAAAAUAUAGCUUUUCCAGUCGUUACUCCGGUGUUUAUCGUGAAAUCUUUCAAUAUUUGGAACAUGUUGUAUUCUUC